AUCCUGCUACAACUACUACCAGCAGACAGCAGUUUCAUUUCAUUUGGCUAAAGCUUCAAUCUUGUACUGCUCAACACUUGCAAUUUAUCUCAAAACGCAUUCUCCAUCUCCUUCUCUGCACACUCUCCGGCAAUGCUCUGCUCAGUCUCGGCAGGGAAAUCCGGUUCGGGGUGGCUGGACCGGCUCCGGAACGCCAAAGGGUUCUCCAAUGACGGCGCAACCGAUCUUGAAAAUUUCCUUCAAAACAUUGAUUCUUCCAACCAGGAAAAUUCGGACCCGAGCCCGACUUCCAAUCGCGAACUUGACCCUAUUGGAAAUGAUGACAACCAGUUGAUCACUAUAAUGAGUGAUGUUCUCAAUGAGCUCUUCAAUUUCGGUGGUAAUUGCAGUAGUGCCGCAAAAUUUAAAAAAUCAGCUCGAAAACAAGCUAACCCUAGGAUUUGUGCAUUUUCGAACAAUGGAAGUGAUGAAAAUAACAAUGCGGCUUCGGAGAAGGCGGUGGUGUCUAGGAAUGGCGAUAGUAAUAGUGGCGUUGAGGGAGUGAAAAGGUUGGCUAUAAGGGAAAAUGAAGGGGAAGAAGAUGGGCGAGAAGGGAAUCUGUCAGGGUUUUCUAGAACGGAAGUAACGGUGAUUGAUACGAGCUAUGAGCACUGGAAGUUGGAGAAAUUGUUGUAUAGGAAGAAGAAUAUGUGGAAAGUGAGGGAUAAGAAGGGGAAGAGUGAGAGUGUUGGGAACAAAAGGAAGCGGAAAGUGGAUAUGGUUGUGAGGGAGGAGCAACCCGAGGGGAAGAAGCAGAAGAUUGAUGAGAAGAAAGGGUGUGGAGAAGAAAGUGAGUUGCAGUUGAAUGAAGUAUAUCAUCAGAGCAAUAAACCAGAAGCUCAUGAAAAGGUUCCGGACAAACUUGGCAAGGUUCUCAAAAAGAAGCAAGCAGAAUUGAACUUGGGAAAUGGAAGCUCAUCUGUUAUUCUUAUUAAGAGCAUUCCUAUCUGCAAGAAAAACGUAACAAACAUCUCCAAAAGCUGUCUGAAGUCAAAACAAAAUAAACCUUGAGAAGGGUGCUACUCGAGGCCUCGGAGUUGGAAAUUUCAAAUCUAGACUGCAACGGACAAUUUAUCUAAUUGAUUUGGUGGAGCAUUAUCUUGGCUGGAGCAUCCAUCGACACCUAGAAGGCAUUAACAAAAGUGAACGUUUGUCCCUUUUAUUUGUUCUUCCUGUUAUUGCAACUAUUUUUGCCUCCACCCCCCCCUUUGCAGGGGAAUGCCUUCUCGUGUGUUGGGUUUAGCUUUUGGAAUCUUAUGUAUAAUGCGUCAUUGGUUUGUACUGUAGUGCAAAUGAAGAUGCAUUGUAAUUUGUAAUUAUACAAUUAUUGCUGAAUUGAAACCAAUGGCUCAUUUAUAGACUGUCAA